GCUUGGUGCGCAGAUAGAGUUCUGUCGAAGGCCUGACGCUGAAGGCAGGAAGCUAGCCGAUGGGUGUUAGAAUGUCUUGACAAAUGUGGUGUUUAGUUUCAAUUAUGAACUUGAUGAGAUCUAGAAUGACCUGGGAUACAGCCUCUGGGCAUGCCUGUGUCUGUGGGGGGUUUAUCUGGAUUGGGCUGAGGUGGGAAGACCUUCUCGUUGUGGGUGGCAUCUUUCCUUGGGCUAGGAACCCAGACCGUAUAAGAAGCCAUGGUUGAAGGCCUUCAAGUCUCAGUGCCCGACAAGAAGAAGGUGGCCAUGCUCUUCCAGCCCACCGUGCUUCGCUGCCACUUCUCCACAUCCUCCCAUCAGCCUGCAGUGGUGCAGUGGAAGUUCAAAUCCUACUGCCAGGAUCGCAUGGGAGAAUCCUUGGGCAUGCCCUCUCCCAGGGCACAAGCUCUCAGCAAGAGGAACCUGGAAUGGGACCCCUACUUGGAUUGUUUAGACAGCAGAAGGACCGUUCGAGUGGUAGCUUCAAAGCAGGGCUCGACCGUUACCCUGGGAGAUUUCUACAGAGGCAGAGAGAUCACGAUAGUUCAUGAUGCGGAUCUGCAGAUCGGAAAGCUCAUGUGGGGAGACAGCGGACUCUAUUACUGUAUCAUCACCACCCCGGAUGACCUGGAAGGCAAAAAUGAGGACUCUGUGGAGCUGCUGGUGUUGGGCAGGACAGGGCUGCUUGCUGAUCUCUUGCCCAGUUUUGCUGUGGAGAUUAUGCCAGAGUGGGUGUUUGUCGGCCUGGUGAUCUUGGGGAUCUUCCUCUUCUUCGUGCUGGUGGGGAUCUGCUGGUGCCAGUGCUGCCCGCACAGCUGCUGCUGCUAUGUCCGCUGCCCGUGCUGCCCAGAUUCCUGCUGCUGCCCCCAGGCCUUGUAUGAAGCAGGGAAAGCUGCCAAGGCCGGGUACCCUCCCUCUGUCUCCGGCGUCCCAGGCCCCUACUCCAUCCCCUCUGUCCCUUUGGGAGGAGCCCCCUCUUCUGGCAUGCUGAUGGACAAGCCGCAUCCACCUCCCUUGGCACCAAGUGACUCCACUGGAGGAAGCCACAGUGUUCGAAAAGGUUACCGGAUCCAAGCUGACAAAGAGAGAGACUCCAUGAAGGUCCUGUACUAUGUCGAGAAGGAGCUGGCUCAGUUUGAUCCGGCCAGAAGGAUGAGAGGCAGAUAUAACAACACCAUCUCAGAACUCAGCUCCCUGCACGACGAUGACAACAACUUCCGCCAGUCUUACCACCAGAUGCGGAACAAGCCGUUCCCUCUGUCUGGGGACUUGGAGAGCAAUCCUGACUAUUGGCCAGGUGUCAUGGGAGGCAACAGUGGGACCAAUCGGGGGCCAGCCCUGGAGUAUAACAAAGAGGACCGAGAAAGCUUCAGGCACAGCCAGCCGCGCUCCAAAUCUGAGAUGCUGUCGCGGAAGAACUUUGCCACGGGCGUGCCUGCGGUGUCGAUGGACGAACUGGCGGCCUUCGCAGACUCCUACGGCCAGCGGUCGCGACGCGCCAACGGUAACAGCCACGAAGCUAGGACCGGGAACCGCUUCGAGCGCUCGGAGUCGCGGGCCCAUGGCCCCUUCUACCAGGACGGCUCGCUGGAUGAGUACUAUGGGCGCGGGCGCAGUCGCGAGCCACCGGGAGACGGGGAUCGCGGCUGGCCUUACAGCCCCGCGCGUCGCCGGCCACCCGAGGAUGCUCCUCUGCCGCGCCUGGUGAGCCGGACCCCGGGCACCGCGCCCAAGUACGACCAUUCGUACCUGAGCAGCGUGCUGGAGCGCCAGGGGCGAUCCGAAAGCACCAGCCGCGGUGGCAGCCUGGAGACGCCGUCCAAGCUCGGUUCGCAGCUCGGCCCGCGCAGCGCCUCCUACUACGCCUGGUCGCCGCCCGCCACUUACAAGGCCGGGGCCAGCGAGGGCGAAGACGAGGACGAUGCUGCGGACGAUGACGCGCUGCCUCCCUACAGCGAGCUGGAGCUGAGCCGGGCCCCGUCCUACCGUGGCCGCGACCUGCCCUUCCACAGCAACUCGGAAAAGAGGAGGAAAAAGGAGCCCGCCAAGAAAACCAGUGACUUUCCAACCAGAAUGUCCCUUGUGGUCUGAUGGUCUCAAGACGCAUCUCCGGAUCCCUAGAAAUCAGAUGCAGACUGCUGGGGCGAGGCACAGAUCUGAGAGCCAGCAAGUCUAGGACCUUCUCUGACCAGCAGCCACCCUGGAAGAAGGGAUGGGAGGCAUCCUUUAAGGGGGCUGAUUUCAAACCCUAGUGCACAUCUAGCUUGAGAAAGUUACCAAGAAGACAUUGAUGUGUGAGAACACACCCCAUAAUACCCCCCCUUCCUUAGCAGCAUCAAGACUCUAUGUCCAGUUCUGAAACAGGUAGCUUUGGACGGUGACCUCUAGACACUACUAUGCUUGCAGUAUGUUUUUCUACAAGUGCUGUUCUGUGCUUAGAGGCAGAAAGUUUUAUUGCUACCGUUAGAAGACCUUCUGCUCACCAGAGAGAUAACCUCAAGGUAAAAUGUACCUUUUAUCCCCAGACUUUCAGUCACUGGUCAAUGAGUCUUGUUAUGCUAAAAUCAGAAGGCCUUUGGUGAGCUUAGUGGCCGUGACCUCCUGGGCAAUCACAGAAAUGACUUCAAUUUGCUGCUCUGACUCACAAUUCUUAAGUGGCCAGGACAAACAGAGGAUAGCAUUUUUGCAACGCUGUCUAAGUGGUCUUUCUUUUUCCAUUCAGGGGAUAUAAGCUGCUUUUCAUCUUUCUGUUGUACACAGAGGCACCCAAGCCUUGAACUCCUAAGGUCUCUCUCCCUUUCCUCUUCUCUCCUCUCCAGUAUUUUCUAGGGGCUGGUGCGUCUGAGGGUGUUCCACUCCGCUCUGCAGUGUGAAUAGCUUGUCAUCGGGUGCCUUUGACAGAUGUUUAAAAUACACACGUGAAAGAGAAGGAGAAAAAAAAGCAAGCUGAAAAAUGGGAAAGGAUUUAAGAGGAAAAUAAUGUAUAGUCUUGAAUGUGGGCCGCUUUCCCCACAAACACGCUCUGGUUUUUUGUUGUUUUUGUUCUUGUUUUUGUUUUAUUGGAUUUGUACUUCAUUUACGGAUGAUUUCUGCCAUCCUGACCCUGCCCUUGCAGGGCACCAGGGAUGUGGUGUCCACCUCUUUUGUCCUCACUGGCCUGCCACUGUAGAUGCUUUGGCAAGAAAAACACCGCUUUCUCAGCAAGAAGCAUUUCCUCUUCCUACCCUUGCAAAAAGUGAUUGGUUUUGCCUAACUCCCAAACUGAGAAGGCUCUGGACUUUGUAAUAUGUGUAAAAUGCCAAAGUAGCCACAAACGCUUCCCUUUUCGAGUUCCUGUGCAUGGAGUUUGUCCUCUCUCGCUGCUCAUGGACCCGAGCAAAUGUACCUGAACCAUCUAUCCUACAUGGUGAGAGAAGAGCCUGGCCGCUGUUGUCAUUGUGUGUGACAGUUUUAUCAACUCAGCAGACACGGAAGAGCAUCUAGUCACAACCAACAAAAGAACUGCCUAGCUGAGCCAAGCCCAAACUGGGGGUUCCCAGUUGAAAAAAGAAGUUUGGUACUCCUGUGUGUUCAUUUAUUGUCAAAGCUAAACCUCUCCCUUGUCAGAAUGCUUGGCCCUGAAUCAGUUACUCACCCAACCUUAGGUGUCCUACAGCCUUCACUUUCUUUGACAGACUUUGCAGUGUGCAUGUUUGUGGUGAGUCACGUGAUUGGGUGGCAUGACUGGAGGAAGGUGAUAUUUGCUAUCCCACAACCCAGCGGUAGUCUAUUCUCUACUUCCUGAUCUAUGUAUAGCCUCUGAAGAAGGUUGGUCAGAAUUUCCUCAAGACUUCCAGGACUGCCUGACGGGAAUUCCAGAGUCUGUUCUUCUAGCAUCCAUUGUUUCUCCUGACAGUUCCAAAAAAAAAAAAAAAAAAAAAAAAGUCCCAUGUAUGUGAUGGGCGAGGGUUGGAGGGAUAAGCUAAUAUCAUUGCCUGGAGGAGUACUGGCCUGCCAAAGGAUGUCUUUUGGCCUGAGCUAGGUGGAACAGGAAGAUACGUCAGCCCAGUGCUGGCACUUCCAAGGGCUGGAAGACAAAAGCCAUAACCCUGGUGCUGAGUUUUAGGCUUGCUAAUGUCCCUGGCCUCAGAAAGCCUAGAUCUGGUCUGUCUGUUUGGGCUCUAAAUCAAUAUGACAAAAACAUCAUUUCCUAAUCACCAGCUUUUGAGUUCAACCUGCUCUGGCACUUUUGAAGAAUAUUGGCUAGCUGCAGUAGCUAUUGCUAUUACUGAGCACUGUGUCAGGUUGCUGAGCACCAAAGAGCCCCAUAGCACAGGCUUCAGAGACCAAAUAUAUUGCUUUGGAAAGCCAGGGGCAUGUAUGAGCUUGGUGAGAGCUGAGGAGCUGAGGGGAGCAAUAGUAAAAACUGUUCAAAUUGGAAAUAUACGGUUCCAAGGCAACAAGACUAUAGGCCUGCAAUUUUAAAAAAAUCAAUGUAAAGACGAUAACAGGAUUUUUGAAAUAACUGGGGGAAAGGGGGGGCAACAGAUUGCUCUUUGUAGGGCUGCGUAAAUCAUUUGGGCUUCCAGACCUUCAGUAGUGGGGGAAAGCAGUUGUUUCUGGGUAUGUGGAUAGGAGGUAAUGCUGAGCAGACAAGGCAAAGCUGGCUGUCCUCAGUGCCCUUGACUUUUCUUUAUACGGCUCUUUGCUUCUUUUCUACAUAGUGUGUCCUGCACAGGAAGUGCCUAUACAUAUUAGCUCCUUUCCUGUUUGUCUAGGGCAUAAGGUAAGUCUGGUAUAAGAUGUGAUCUCCAUCCACUUGAGUCCCUACAAUUUAAUAAGGAUGCUCAGACAUGCCCAAGAAAGGAUAAGGAUAUUUUAUGCAGAUGAUAAGAAAUAGUGCUAUGGAUAAAUUAUAAUAAACCCAGAGAUUUAAAUUUUUUUAAACUUAAAUGGGAAUAUUUUGAUAUUUAAGUGUUGUGUUUGUCCAUCCAUCCCAUUUUUUGGGGACAUGCUCAGUGAUCUGCAAAGCCAGGUUGUAAAACUAAGCUGUAAAGAGAUAAAGGAAAGCGGAGAGGGCUGAGUGGCAGGGCACCUGGAGGGCUGAUGCUGGAGCUCUGGUCUUUGUCUCUGAGUCACAGCUGAGUCAGGGACAGGCUGGAGGAGGGAGUGUGGAAGCAGGUGGCAGGAGGUGUCCUGUGGUACUCAGAGUUCUUCUCUAGGCUGUGUAGAGACUCAUUAGGAGACUGAGGACGGUAUUCAGUUCUUCCACCCAAGCAAGCUCAGGGGGAGCUCAGCAUCUGGUCCUCUGAGUAUUUGUAUCUAUAGCUUGGGGUGCAGGAUUUGUGCAAAGGCAAGAAGUCUCACACAGUCUGGGUGUCUCUCCUCGAUUCUUAUGAUCCCCACUCUGCACUUGGUGUCAGGCUGGGCACACCAGGGUGAACCGGGGGCUGGCACUACCUAUAGCAAUCUGGCUAGAUCUUAAGCAGUCUUCAAGAGGAACGAAGCGACCGAUGCUGUUAUAGUUCAUUCACUCCCCACCCUCUUUAAAUAGACAGAUAAACUAUCGUUUUCCCAAAUGACAUCACAAACCCAUCUGAUCUUUAGAUUCCAGUCUUCAGACCUUUCCUAUUGGGUCUGUGUUUCCCAAAUUUGCCUGGCCAUAAGAAUUAUUUGAAUUAGCAGAGGACCUGAGUUUGGUUCCCAGCACCCUCAUGGUGGUUCAUAAUUUUCUGUAGCCUCCAAGUCCAGGGGUCUCAAAGAUCUCUUAGAACAUCCGGGAGCACUAUACUCACAUGGUGCACUUACAUGUAGGCAAAAUACAACAUACAAAUAAAUGCAUUCUUAAAAAGGAGGCUGAAGGGGUGACUCUGUGGUUAAGAGUACUGGCUACUCUUCUAAAGGGUCCACAUUCACUUCCCAGCCCAUGGUGCCUCCUAGCUCCAGUUCUAGGGGAUCCAAUGACUCCCCUGUGGUUGGAACUGCACACAAUGGUGCAUAGACACAUGCAGGCAAAAUACACACAUUAAAAAAAAAAGAAGUAAAGCAUUUAAAGACUACUUGGUAAUUAUUUGCCUGCAGGGCUGGGAAUGUGACUCAGUUGGGAGUACUUGCUUAGUAUGCGCAAAGCCCUGGAUUCCAUACCCAACACUGUACAAAUUAAGAGUAGUGCCACAUGCCUAUAAUCCCAACUUUCAUGGGUGGAUGCAGGAGGUUAGAAAUUCAAGGUCAUCGUUGGCUAGUUAGUGGGUUCAAGGCCAGCCUGGGCUACACGAUACUCUGUCUUAAAGGGUCAAACCAUAACAAGUCAAAACACAAGGAUUACUUGACCGCCACUGUCAACAAAAAAAAAAAAAAAAAAAAGCUGGACUGUGCCUUGGGGAAUGGAUGGCGGGUCUGCAGUAAUGGCUUGUACUCUGAACACGUGCUCUCAGAAGGCUGUGUAGUCGAUCCCUUUGGGUAGUGCUGCACUGAAUCGUACCUCUGGUGCACCCCUGACUGCUGACCAUCCGCAUUGUUUGGGCUGGGGAUUAUUUUAUUCAAAUAUCGAUGUGAGGUCCCUCUGACUCCCCUGUGGUUGGCACUGAUGAGGCACCGAGCAGUCCGGCUGUGGCACUGGAGACUGGCGUACCACAGUCCAGCUGAGAAGGAAGCAUUUCAAGGGGGAAGAGAUGGAAGCCCUUCCCAGGAGCCUGGUUGAAAUGUUCCAACUCCCAGAAUAGUGAUCUGUUGUGACAGCCUCAGAUCAGACAACAGGAAUUACAGGUAAUUUUCUUAUUCCCUUGAUACCAUCCUGAGUAAAACUUAGAUUGUGAAUAGAAAGAAAGAAAGCCAUCAGGGAAAAUGGCAAAUGUAAAUCAUUUUUAAAGGGUACAAAAUAACAGGCUUGCUAAUAACAUAACUUUCAUGUUAGGACCAAAAGCGGGUGGAAGAAUGGAAUAAAAUAUAUAACGUUAGCACUUCCAAAAAUCAGGUUUAAUUGCUGCCAGAAUCUUGUGGGAGUUUAGAAGUGAUGUGUAAAGUUUAGAAAUCAUCCAUGGGAAGUCUAAAGUCCUAGAAGCAAGAUAGUGCCUAGUUUUCCCUGCCAGGACCCUGCCUCUUAGUCACGUGGAAAGAUCACUGAAGCUCAAAGCUCCCCCCUCCCAACAUCAGAGCUAAGAGGGAGAAGUUGAGUUUUAGCCUCAGGUUAGCAUCGUUGGGGUGAUAAGGUCAGUUUCUAAUGCUAUGUACAUUACCUCUAUGAUACAUUGCUGUUUACAGACCAAUUCUGCAAGCAUUCUCUCAUUUUUCUUCACAGCAAGACCUGUGAUAAAGGCAUGGUAGGUGUUCUCCCAUCCUGCAGAAUGUGGAGCUCCCAAGGGACUCGCCUACUGCAAGAAGGUUUUCAGAGUCUCUAGGCGGCCUUCUGACUCUCUGGGUUUUUUGCCAAUCCCCGCAGUACUCACAGGCCCAGACUCCAGCUUAUUCUUUGCACAGAUGUGUAGUGAGGAGAGUCCUGGACUCUGUGUGCUGAGGAGGUACCACGAAGACAGGCGUUUCUCACUUCAUCUAUCCUCAUGCCAUUCCUAGAAGUCGGCCCCGAGAGGGAGGUGUUUUCUGCUGGAGAAGAAUUUCAUUCUAGACACCGUGCUGUGAUGGGGGAAGGCUUGGAUAAGUGUGCUGCAACUUUCUGGAUUCUUCUCCAAGAGGAAUUUCUAAGCCUAGCUACAGGUUCAUCCAAGGCGCGGAAUUCCAGGGCUGCAGGCAGGAGCCAUCAUCUUCACUAUAUUUUGAGAUUUUUUUUAAAGGUAGAGCUGAGGAUCUGGGUCUAGAGGGAGACAAAGAAGGCGAGGAGAAAGUUGUAGCAGUUGAGGUAGAGGUCUCGUUUGAGGUUUUGGUGGGGCUGACUGAAUGGGGUUAAAUGUGGUCCGACUUCUUUUAUCUAGACGACUGAGAAAGAUGCCCAUAGAUUUUUCUCCUGCCACAUUUAUUAAAGGCGUUAGACACGACCCUGUGAGGAAUCUCCUUGUGAAAACAAAGAACGUGACAUUUGAACAAUGGGAUGGAGAGAAGACGCCUACUUCACGAGAGUCACCUGCCCAGUUGUUUUCGUGCCUUGUCUGUGACAUCAGAACAGAAAUGUUUGUGUCACUGUUGCCCAUGGUUUUUCCCUAUGUCAGACAUACAAAGUGCAUUCGAUUGUAAUAUUUUAAAGUAAAUAAAGCAUUUUCAUCUA